CUCCGUGCGUACGUUAAUAUCGUACACAUGAUGCGUAAGUUAAAGGAUGCUCUUCAUGGAUACUGUACUAUCGUUAACGUAUGAAAUAAUUUGUAUACUGCCGUAUGUUGGAAUUUUCGAAAGUAAAUAUGAAGAAUAAUGCUAUCUACAAUUGUGAUGGCCAUUCCGAAUAGCUUGAUUCAUGGACAUGUCCUCUCCCACAAAGAUUACACCAAAAUUUUUUCUUCAGAAUUAAUUCAACACUUCUUUAUUAUCUUUAAUAAAAGCUUGAAGCUUUUGCAUCCUACAGAAGUAAGAAUUAUUAUAUAAGUAAUACCCUGAAAAAAGUGCUUCAAUAGUUAGAUCUACAGGUAAAUACAACUUUUUCUUUUUAUGAUCUUUCAACAAUCAAGACAGCAGGUA